AUGUGCUACUACGGCAGCUACUACGGAGGCCUGGGCUAUGGCUAUGGUGGCCUAGGCUGUGGCUAUGGCUGUGGCUAUGGCUGUAGCUAUGGUGGCUAUGGUUAUGGCUGCUGCCGCCCACUGUGCUGUAGAAGGUACUGGUCCUGUGGCUUUUACUGA